AUGGCUGAAGAAAAUCACACCGUGAAAAAUGAGUUUAUCCUCACAGGAUUUACAGAUCACCCAGAGCUGAAGAUGCUGCUGAUUGUGGUGUUCUUUGCUGUCUAUCUGAUCACCCUGGUGGGGAAUACUGGUUGGAUGGCAUUGAUUUGCACACACGAUCGACUUCACACACCAAUGUACAUCUUUCUGGGAAACCUGGCUCUUAUGGAUUCUUGCUGUGCCUCUGCCGUUAACCCCAAAAUGUUACAGAACUUCUUUUCAGAGGACAACAGGAUUUCCCUCUGUGAAUGUCCAGUACAGUUUUAUUUUCUUUGCACCGUGGAAACUGCAGACUGGUUUCUUCUGGCGGCAAUGGCCUAUGACCGCUAUGUGGCCAUAUGCAGCCCACUACAGUACCACAACAUGAUGUCCAAGACACUCUGCAUUCAGAUGACCACAGGGGUCUUCAUAGCUGGAAACCUGCAUUCCAUGAUUCACGUAGGGCUUAUAUUCAGGUUAGUUUUCUGUGGAUCAAAUUACAUCAACCACUUUUACUGUGACAUUCUUCCCUUGUAUAAACUCUCCUGUGUUGAUCCUGAUGUCAAUGAACUGGAACUAUUCAUCCUCUCGGGUUCAGUUUAAGUCUUUACCAUAGGUAGUGUCUUAAUAUCUUAUGUCUACAUUCUUCUUACUGUUUUCAGAAUGAAAUCCAAAGAGGGAAGGGCCAAAACCUUUUCUACCUGUGCAUCCCACUUUUUGUCAGUUUCCUUAUACUAUGAAUCUAUUUUUUUCUUAUACAUUAGACCAAAUUUGCUUGAAGAAGGAGAUAAUGAUAUACAAGCUGCAAUUUUAUUUACAAUAGUAGUUACCUUACUAAAUCCUUUCAUUUACAGUCUGAGAAACAAGGAAAUAAAAGGUGUCUUAAGAAGAAGUCUGCUGAAAAUAAAACCUCAGAAAAGUUUGAACAAAUGACCUCUAUUUUAGAUUAAUGGUUUAAUGCUCAAGAAACUUAAAUAAAAUUACACAGAGGAAGUGCACUAAUAGUACAAAAAAUAUUAAAACAUACCAAAAUAAAAACAAAUUCAGUAACAAUAUGUGACAGGGAAAAUUCAUGGAAAAGGGUAAACUGUGUUAAUCUUUACUCAGAAUUUGAAGCACAUCCUGACAUCGAAUUCAU